CGGGGCGCCCGCGGCAGGUGAGCGGGCGGGGGAGGGAGGGAUCCCGCGGCGACCGCGGAGCGGACGCCCCUUCCCCCUUCUCUCCCUCCCGUCCCUCCCGCCCCUCCCUCGCUCCUCCCGCUCCUCCCGCCCCUCCCGCCCCUCUCUCCCUUUCCGCUGCCGAGAGGAGGCGGCGCCCGAGCGCCAGGAGCCCCGGGAGCCCGAGGAGGCGGCAACGGCGGCUGCGGCCUCGCGGCAUCGGCUCCGGGUCCCUCCGCCCAGGCCGGGCCGGGCCGGGCCCGCGAUGCAGCCGGCGCGGCCCCGCUGAGAGAGGCCGCCCGCCCCAGGAGCAAGCAUGCGGAGCGGCGAGGAGCUGGACGGCUUCGAGGGCGAGGCCUCGAGCACCUCCAUGAUCUCGGGGGCCAGCAGCCCCUACCAGCCGACCACGGAGCCCGUGAGCCAGCGUCGCGGACUCGGCGGCCUCCGCUGCCACCCCGACUACCUGCGCCGCGCCCCCGGCCGCUUCAAGCUCGCCCAAGUGGUUUUGGCACUGAUUGCGUUCAUCUGCAUCGAGACUAUCAUGGAAUGUUCCCCAUGUGAAGGACUUUAUUUCUUUGAAUUUGUGAGCUGCAGUGCAUUUGUGAUUACUGGAGUUUUGCUGCUUAUGUUCAGUCUUAAUCUUCACACAAGGAUACCACAGAUCAACUGGAAUAUUACAGAUUUGGUCAACACUGGACUCAGCACCUUCUUCUUCUUUAUUGCUUCUAUAGUACUUGCUGCUUUGAACCAUAAAGCUGGAGCAGAAAUUGCUGCUGUGGUUUUUGGCUUCUUGGCAACAGCAGUGUAUGCUGCAAAUACCUUCUUAGCUGUGCAGAAAUGGAGAAUGAACAUUCGACAGCAGAGCACCAAUGAAUACAUUCGUGCACGGACAGAAUCGCGAGAAGUGGAUAGCCGUCCUGAGAUACAGCGUUUAGAUACAUGAGAAGGAGCAUCUGAGUAGGACUGUGGGCUGAGAGAGAAGUCACCAACAAAAAACUUACUCCUCUCUCGUCCCUUUCCUGAUUCCCCCCAAGUUCCUGCCAUCGUUUUUCAUUAUUUCAUCAUGUCAAACUUUCAUACAUUUUUAAAUUUUAUCCUUUUUAAGAAAAUAGUUGGCCUUGGCAAAGACAUUCACAGCAAUAUUGGUAAGAAGCUUCACUUAAUCCAUCAGAUGUCCCAGCUAAAAAUCCAGAGAUCUCAACAGCUCUUAAGAUGGAAGUGCUCUGAAGUGACCAUAGUAUUAUGAUGGUUGUUUUUUCAACUUUUAACCUUAAUUUUGUAUACAAGUUGUGCGUGAUUUAAUUAUAAACUAACAUUCAGUCAGAUAGCUUCAUGAUAAGGUCAGGAAUUUGAGGGCAGGUAAAAAAUGUAACUCAAGUUUAAAUUAAAUGUGAUUACCAAGAAAAUAAAUUAAGGGGUGAAUGGCACCAGUUUUAAGUCAGUCAGCCUUCAUGGGGUGACCACUAUGGACAGAGAACUAUUAUAGUUGCUCACAGCCCAUGCUUAUGUUUGACUGCCAACAUAACUCCUUAAUUCUUGUCCUCCAUUUUUGCGACCUGUGGAUGCUGAGACAAAUUGUGAAGCAAACUGUGGAACUGAAAACUGGUUAGCAUGGACAGAAAUCAGGCAGUGUCUGUUGGGUUUGGACUGUACAGAUAUGAAACAGUGGUAAUAUCAUGAGCAUAAAAAGCACCUGGCCGUUGGGACAAUGAACUCUAUAUUGGUAAGGCUACGUUUUAUUUCUGGCUGUGACAGAAAGUUACUGUAACAUUUUCUAUAAACAACUAUCUUGAGUCUGAGUGGGGUAUGUAAUCCUCACAUUUCUACUAACCUGAAUGCUAUGAGGCUGAAUUUGGAGAAUUUUCACAUAAAUUUAUAAUGCAAUCCCCUAGCCAAAACACAUUAAUGUAUCCCAUUAAUUAUAGUUGGGAUGUUUGUAUAUUUCUCUGUAAGUGUAUGUACACAUACAUCACAAUAUCAUAUACACUGCAUAUAUGUCAUCUCUAUACCACACCAGAAUCAGUUCUUUCCUUAUGUGCUAUAUCCAAAAAAGGUCUUUCAGGUUAUAGGAGUAUAUGAUGGUACUAAAAAAAACUUUAACAUAUGGUGACAUAUAUUUUCUUUUGAUCACAAAUAUUGUGCAUGACCAUUUGACCAAAUAUGGUUGAAAAAAAAUGCUCCCACUCAUUCAGAAAGACUUGAGGAUAUCCAGUUAAUUUAAUAUUCAGAUUUAAAUGGAGAUUUCUCUUACAUAUUAUGCCUUUUCAACACUGCUGGGAUGCAUGAUUUUGCAUCUGUAUAGGUCCUUCCUCUAAUUGAUUGCAAAUUGCAACCCAUCCUAUGCCUUAACCUGUCUUCAUAAGUUUCUGUGGCUGAAAAAAGUUCAUUUCCUUGUGGUUUUCCUUCUGGUGAUGAAUCUUCAUCUAUCUGCUUCAUUUGACUGGUUCUCAGACAGCAGGUGUACAGCCUGACUCUGAGCCUGCAGUCAAAAUCAAAAAGAUUUUGAUUUGCUAUAGAACCUGCCAAAUUGUGCCCUGCUUGCUUGGAUUUGAAGAGCUCAGGUUUGCCUUCAUUCCACCAGGAGUCAGACUAGGACAUCAGGACGUACAUAGACUAUCAGUUCUCAAAGAACUAAGCCAUACCGUGUUCAUUCUUUCAUUCAUCCACUAUUUAUUAAUUUCACUGCAUUAUGCUUUACACUUGGGGAGGUACAAAGAUACAUUCUUAUCCUCAAGGAUAUUCUUUCUUUGAUUCAAAAGUCACUACAGUUUAUCACAGGCCUUAGAUCGUAUGUUAUGAAGAGAAGUUACUAUCAUACAAUGCUGUCAGAAAGUUCUAUUGAAGUUUUGUUUGUUGUUUAGAUUCUGGAAUUUACAGAGAAGUUGAUGCAGGGUAUUGGGUCUUCUCUUAAAGAUUAUAUCUUUGGAGUGGGGAGGAUGUCAUUUAAUUUGCUGUAUUGUCAUAAUUUGGAUUGCUUUAAAUGUUUACAAAUCUCUCUCCAGUUUGACAGUUGGUACUUGCCAAGGAAAAGAACAUUUACUGCUUGUCAGAGAAUCUGAAUUUUCCCUAAAAUAUGGGUUAUCUCUGGCAUUCAUUUACUGAAAGAUUUAGUGCAUAGCUUCACCUGUGUACUAUUGUAUUAGCAGGUGUUGCAUUAGCAUAUAUACCUGUGUACAGCAUAUAUACACUGUUUGCCUGCAUGAUUUAAAUGCAUUUCAUUCAUUGCCUAUUUUGUUUAGUACGACUUUAUUGUGUGAGAUUGAUAAAAUUGCCCAUUUUUGGCAUAUGAAAUACCAAGUCUGGCUUUCCUGUAUUUAAAAGUAUGUCCAUUUAAUGUUAACUUUCAGGACCUCAUAUGACAUUUAGCUUCAGUUUUGAUGUUCUAUUUGAAAUGAAUAAGCAUUUAUUGUGUAUCCUGUGCUUAAGGAGUACAUGCAGUGUUUCAAAAUCAUCACAUCUAACCUUGGGGACAAUUGUGUUGUCUUCCAUACCUGAAGAACUCUUGGUAUCUCCAUUCUAAUGUGAACUCACCUCAGUAGUAUUAAUGUUUGCUUGACAACUUUUGAUUUAAUUUUCUUAACAAUGACUUUAGGAAGAGGGUGACAUCUUGAUCUGAUCUUUUAGUUCCACAAGUUGAUUUCACCUUGACUGCAAACCUGCAGAGAAAGCAACUAGUAACUGGACUCCCAUAUGCUUAAGUCCUCUAUCAGUUUGUUUGGUUUUUAAUUUUUUAGAAGAAUAGAAUCGUGCCUCUUUAUCCAUUACUUAGCUUCAAAUUCAUUUAAAAAACCAUUCCGACCUGUUGCUUUUCAUUAAUUAGGGUUUAUUUUCAAGUUUCUUCUAUUAAGUAUAUUCUUUAGAAAGCUAUCUUUGAAAUCAAUGUAGAGAAAAUACCAGACAAGACUAUUACUAGAAUUUUUUCAAGUGAUUUGAAAAUAUACAGUUUACCAUGAGGAAAAGCAGGAUGAUGUCCCUUUUUUAUAUUUGAGGAAGGGAGAGAGUUGAUUAUGAAGUAAAUUGCAAAUAGAGUGUAGAUACAUUACAAAUAUGAAUACAGUCCAUGGAAAGUCUUGAUAUUUUGAUAGAUAACAGAAUUAGAACUUAUUAAGUAUGUAAUUACAUACCACCAGUGAACAAAUUUUUAGAAGUAUUUAUUUUCUUAACAAUUAUUUUGAAAAUCCAUUUUGCCAUGGAAUAAACUUAAAUGGCUUUUGUGUAUGUAUUUUCUUGUAAUUGACUAGUGAAUAGAAAGAAUAAAACAAAUUUCAAAUGCAGCAUAAUGCAUAAUAAUUUACAUAUGGAGCAUGUGGUCAAUAAAGUAGAUUUAACUUGGGGUGAAGGUAACACACUAGUACUCCUUAUAAUUCUCAUAAACAUAAUGAAGGCCAUAUGUAAAUUUGAAAAUGAAAAUCAAUAUUUUGCUGAUUGAAAUCCUGCAUUUGAAUAAAUCUUAAUCUUAAUAAUGAUACCUACUUAAAUUUAUUAUUUCCACAAAUUAUAGAUUGAACUUAUUUUUGUUAUGGUGUUAAAAGGUUGAAGGAAGCUUUGCUUAUGCUUUUUUGUCUCCUGAGAUGACAAAUGUGGCAUCAGAGGAUAGGUUCAGUUUUAAUAGUCUGCAGUUUCUUUAAUAGUUUCUCAGCUGCAAUUGACUCAACAGUGUACUGGCAUUCUGAAUGUGGGACUUUACAUAGCUUUAGAAGUGACAAACUAUGAUUGGUCAUUAGAGAUGUCAUUUAUAAAAAUACUUUUAUUUUCAUGGCAAAAAUGGAGAAGAUACUUUUUUCCUUUUCCCUCAUGGGAAUGAUGUCUUCUUCUAGUUCUUUCCCCUCUCCAAAUGACACUGCAUAACUUUUCCUUUUGGUCUUUCUUUAGAUUGUUGCAGGAUGGGAAGAAUGCCCUUUCUCUUGUUGUUCUAGACACAUCAUAAUGGUCUCAUAAACAUGUUGGAUUAUUCUUGGCUCCAAAUAAAGUUAGGGAAAUACAAAUACUUUUGUAGAUAAAAUCACUUAAACUGGGUACAAUCCAAAAUAAGUUAAAUGAAUUUUCUUUUUAAAAAACAACAACAGGAAAGUUUCUGUUUUCUGAAAGAACUGUGUACAGAUAAGUUACCAUCAUUAUUGGUCAAUGGUACAUCUUCAACCAAAACAUCUCUGUUGUUGAGAAGAAGUGAGGAGGGAAAUGGCAUUCCUAAAUACCCACUUCUCUGUGGAUUUGUUCAAUUUAGAUAUGUUUAACCUUGAAGAGUUCCAAAGGAGACAAACAAUCUAACAUCGGCUAAUGCCCAUCCUUUCUCAUCCUUGGCUGAUGUUUUUCAUCUUCUAAACAGAUGCCUGUUUGCCCCUCUAUGUUAGACUGCAUGGGAUGCUUUGAAUAUAACUUUGGUUCAUUUAGGAACUGCUUCAUGGUCUCAAAGACUGGAGUUUCAUUCCAUCUUCCUGUGUGAUUCAGACUUAGGUUCAACCACAGAUGGUUUCUGUGGAGAUGAAGCAUGAAGUGUUUUGUCUGUACAAAUAUGUGAAGUCUCAUUUACAAUGAAUCAGCCGUAAAGAAAGGGAACUGGUUAGUCCUUUUUUUUUUUUUUUUUUUUUUUUUUAAUUUUUUUAUGAGCCUUGAAUAAUUACUAAGUCUCACAGGCUAAAAUUUCUAUGUACUCUGGUAUACUAGAGCCUAAGUUGUUUUGUUGAGGAAGAGUUCCUAGAUCUUCACAUUUUCUAGAAGAAUAGAUCAAAAUUGCUCUUGUCCCAUCUCAGGAGAUUCAGAAUUUCCAUUAUUGUCUAUGAUUUUAUCUCAGGUAGCAGAAUAAAAAAUGCAUGUGACUUUGGACCAAUUUUGAUAACUUUCCACUUGGUAACCCUGUUUUGCCAUUUCUCCUUCUCUCGUGAGAAAUAAAAAGAGGCCUUGAAAUUAAACUGUUGUGGCAACUGUUGCAGCAGAAUUAUCUCAUAGAAAGAAAAUGACAUUAAAUAGAUAAGAGCAAUAGGUUAAAAGAGGUAACAGGAUUAAGUGAUUCUGCACCUUGUCAGUAGUCCUGUUGUUUCAUUUGUUCUAGAUACUUUGGUAGUACUUAAGUAUGGUACUUGGACAUGGACAUUUUAAUGUGAUUUCCUGCUAUCCAAGGCUAUUAACUCCUUUUCCUUUAUUAAAUACAAAGAAACUAUAUCUCUCCCUAUUCAAUAUUAAUAACUCAAAUUUCUUUACCACAAAUACAUAGUGGAAAGGAUUUAAGAUCAGAUGAGCUGAGGAGCUCCUUAUUAUCUCUUACUUUGGACAAAUGACUUCCUUUUCUUCUGUUCAAUGAGAAAAUAGGAUCAGAUGCCCUCUUAGGUCCCUUUUCGCCGUGGAACCCAUGAAGGUUUUACAAAGAAUUUUCUUUAAGAUAACCUGGUAAGGAAGGAUUGAUAAAUUGAUAAAUUACUAUUCCCAUUUUAUAUGAUGAGGAAAUUAAGACCAGAGAGAGGUGAAGUGCCUUGCUUAAGGCCACAGUUCCUGGCACAUCCUAAGUGCUUAAUAUAUGUUUUACCUUUCCAUUGACCAUUGGAUCUAGGACUUGAAACCAGCUUUCUUACCACUCUAGAUUGCUGCCUCUACUUUGUGUUACCCUUUUAAAUGAAAGCAGCCUAUAUGUGCUCUUGGAAGCUAAGCAGGGAGACAAGAAAGAAAUAAAUGCCUCAAAUCUUUAUAUAUUAUUAACUUGUUUGUAGGAUCAGUUUCCAGGUAAGCCAUCACAACAAAGCUUAGUACAGACAGAUUUAGCUCUAUGUUGCCUGAACUAUGGUUUCGUGUCAAUAAAAGGAACCCAGGUAAAAUAUUGCUACCAAAUGCCAUUGUGAUCUGAGGAAACUCUAGAGUAACUAAAUGCCCUCGGCCAAUCUGCCAUUCGAAAUGUUCUUAUGAAAUUACUGCUCCCCUGAACAUCCUUCUGCUCAAACGUUGUGUUUCCUCAGAAGCAAUCAACUUUACAUGAGAUAAUUCUAUACUAGAAAGUUAUUGACAGACUACAACCAUGACCAGAUUGGGCACCUACACCUUUUAGAAGGGUAUCAUCAGGAAUGAUUUCUGUGCCUUUUUUGAAUGCUUUACGGGCCAUACCUAAGACUGAAUUCCUCUGAUUUUGGAUACAACUUCUCUUCUCGGUAAGGUUCAAAUUGUUAGAAUGAUAAAAACUGCCUCACUGAGAAAAUAUAUUUACAUUUUUUAGAAACUGCUUUAGAAAUAGUCACAGUAUUUAGUUGCUCAAAUAUACUAAAUGGUAUAAUUUACAAAAGCUAUGAGCACUGUACUCCUAUUUUAAAUCUGGGAGUUUGGAUGACAAAUUUAAUUUGCUUGAAUGAUUUAGCAGGAUUGGAUAGUAAAUGAGUAUACUCUGUUUAAUUUUUCUCAUUCUGAGCCUUCCUCUUUUUGUCCUUUCGUUCCUUUCCUCCCUUCUUCCCUUCAUCUUUUCCUUUCUUCUUUUUUUUUGGGGGGGGAUGGAAAAUGCUUCUCACCCCACCUCCCAUUUGGAUACAAUUUCUGAACCAGUAAUUAGCUGUCUACAAUAAAAUUUAACUUAUAUGAGUUUGGGUAGUAUAUGGACUUUAUAUUAUUUUUUGAUUGUUGUUUACACUUCUUUGAUGGGAAAUAUACCUUAUGUUCAAUGAUAAUUUGCUAGCUCAAUAUUCCCUGGGUUGGUACCAUUUGUAAAUUGUGAGUUAUAGAGACAAGUCAAGGAAUCUUAGGAUAUAGAUAUGAUAAUCACUCUAUUUUCUAGAUUUUGUUGAAAGAAAACAAUGGGUUAUCAAAAGUAUUGAAUUUAUUUAACACUAGAGAGACUCAUUUUAAAUAGCAGUUUGUGUAUAUGUAUUUUGGAAUUAGGGCUGGUUCCUAAAAUUUCUCAAGAUAACUUCACUCAAAAUAUGAGAGGAUAAAUGAAUUUUUUUUUUCCUUUGGAGGUAGAGAGGAGAAUCUAAUUUUAUCAAGAAAUAGCAAAAUCUCAUUGGUUUAGGCAUGGGGGAAAUAGAUCUUCAUAAUUAUUAAUUAAUGUUUUAAUAUUUUAAACAACCCCAAAGACAUCUUACCCCAAUUUUAUUUUGGAAAGUGAGAAGCUCAGAUGAGGGAGGAAAAGAGGUACUUUAAUCCUAGUAUCUCUAUAAAGAAUAAAUUUUCUAUUUCUGCUUUCUUUGUGUCUUUGCCUUGAUUUUUUUGUCUUUCUUACUUUUGCAUAAAAAAAGUUUUCCAAAAGUGACUUUAUUCCUUUCUGCAGCCUGAGACAACUGCAAAUGAUCACUGCUUACAAACGUGAACUGGUUAGUCCAAAGUCAGCGGUGGUGGCCAUGCUUCUCAGGGGGAAGGAAGAUGGUUGUAGCAGCCUCCCCCAAUCUAGAUCCCAAUCCAACUUGAGCGAGGCUAGAUGGAAACCCUGUGAAGCUGCUUCUCAUUACUGUUACUUUGUAAGCUUCGUCUAGUUCCAAAGAAAUAAGUUGUUUCAUUCUUGUUUCGGACUGUGACCCAUUUUGAAAUGCAUUUUCAAAUCCUCCCCUUUGUUGAAAACAAAUUUCUUUGUACACCAUAGAGGGAAUCAGGCUUGUUAUCAUCUAGAUUAUGUCCAUCUGGGCCCAGUUUUUCCUCUGAUUAAAAUGGUAAGAAGUGAAACUAUUUGUAUAUGUUGAGGUUUAUAAGGGUUCAGGAACCCAUACAAAAAUAAUAAACUAUUUAUUACUCAUUGUGUUUUGAUUUGAAAAUUUGAUAACUGUUCUGUCUUUUCAUGUUUUUUUAAACAAAUAUAAAGUAACUACUUCACCUUUGGUGCCUUCCAAGUUGUCGGAUAAGCACUUGUUGAUCAUGAAGAUGAAAAAGAUGUAAAUUUAUUGUCAGUAAACACUAUUUUUGUAGCAUGGUCCUAUGAUCUUGUCUUUUUAAUAUUGCUUUCACUGAUGCCAAUUGUAAUAUUUAACCAAUUUUCCUUUUGUGAAUUAGUUAGCUAGACUGCUCCUUCCCCCUCCCCCACUCCUCCUAUAUUAGUUUAGAAGGACUGACCCUUUUCCCUGCUUCUUCUCAAUCCCCUUCCCUCACUUUGUUUAAAUAAGACUAAGGGUAAGAACAUUUUUAUGUGAAAUAAUUAUCAGUUCAAUUAGAUUUUUUUGGAACCAUGUUUGAAAUCCACACAUAGAGCUGUUCUUCCUAAUGUGUGUUUAUAAAAGGACAACUGCUGAUUUUCACACAUAUCUAUAUCUUUUUCAGGAUUUAAAGUUCUCACUCAACUAAGUCAUGCUAGAAAGCAAUGCUUAUUCUUAAGAGUCAAAUCUAGCCCUUUUCAUCUCCACUGUUUAUAUCAUAGGAUGGUAGAGCUGAGGAAGUCUAGAGCUAUUUAGUCUAAAUCCUUCAUUGUAUAGAGGAGGGGGAAUCAAGUCCUAGAGAGCUGCUUCAUGAAGGUAAUGAAAAGCAAGGUCCAGAGCUUGUCUCAUUUGCUAGUGAGUUGCCUAUCAUUGCUGGGUGUGGGGUGGUGGUGGUACCACCAAAUGAACACUACAUGAUUUUCAGUGUAGAGGACUCCUGCUUCAGUGAAGAGUUGGUUUAGAUGCCUUCUAGGGCUUCUUCAAAAUUCAAGAUUCCAUAAAAUGACUUGCUUAGCUCAUAUAGCAAGUUUGUAGCAGAACUAAAACAAGAACUCUGAAGAUUCCUUUCCUUCCAGUUCAUCAGAUUUUCUACUUGUCAGUGCUAUCCCCAUCCCCUCCAAUGAGAAAAGUAUGGAAAUUCUAACCAGUUGGAGAUUCUAACAUACCAUUUGAAGUCAAUUUAGUUUAUGGAAUGGAAUGGAAGGGUUUAAUGGCUUUGAAUUUGUAGGUAAAAUAAGUUGCUUGGUUGUUUUUGUAUCUUCCCAAGAGAAGAUGAAUUGCUGGAGAAUCCUUUUUUCCUUUUCUGUGUGGGAUCAUUUGCCUAACCAUGGAAAAUUUUUAGAGAUAUAGCCAAGCCAUUGCAAAGCAAUGCUAAUAAUUUUUUCAGAAAUAUCACAAAUAUAUUAUAGAAAAAAUAUUUUAAAUCUUUCUUUCCUCAAGUAUCAAUUUUUUUCUCCUUUUGGAGGGAACAAGAAAGAGAAGGGUCAAAGUUAAUUAAUUGUAGGUAUUUUUUUAUAGCAGGUAAAGUGUCAAGUCAAAUGGUGAAUUAAUCAUCAUAGUUUUUCCAUAGCUACUUAGCCAGGUUUAAGCCCGUGUUAUAUAUUUUCCUCUAGAAAUUAUUAGCUGGAUCAAAAUUAAUUUUGAUGUAGUUUCUAUUUUCUGCAAAUAAUACAUUUCUUUGAUUCUCUCUCAGAACAGUUUAAAGGUACAAGCAUCCUACAUUUCCAAUACAAUAUUCAUUUUAUGAACUUGAUUUUCUGAGUGUAACCUGUUGUAGGCUGUAUUUUUUUCCUGGUUUUACAGCUGAAGUUGAAGGAUUGUAAUUUCAUAAUGAUAUAAUAAAAAGUGAAUUCAAAUUUACUUUUAAUUCUGAAUGUUUUUAGUAUGUGAUAUUCUAAAAUAAAAAUAUGUUUCGCUUGUUAUAUAUUUUUAAAAGGGCACAAUAUGAAGGGUUUUUUUUUUGUAAUUUCCUGAUUUCAAAUGAAGUAUUAUGUUUAUUGAUUUUUUCUUUCUUUUUUUUUUUUUUUUGCUCUCCCCACCCACAUUUUUACUCUCUUCCUUUUGAUAUAUGAAGAUGCCGAACUUCAUGAGUUUUCAUGGUCCUUGUCUUGAUCAUUUUCAUAGUGGUAAAAUCUGUAUUUUUGUAUGUAGGGGGAGAUAAUUUUCUGAACACUAAUCUCUGAUAAGUAUUGUAUGAAAUUGUUGUGAAGAAUUUCUUGUUGAAUAAAUGGAUAUGGCUAAAGAAA